CUUAUUCACCUCCUACAGGAAGUCAAUGAUGUGUGCGUUUGUUGGUUUGUACACAGCUGUGCCGACGCGGAUAAAAAAAAAGGUAGCCAUCUGCUUGAAGAUUUUACCUGUUUGGUGUUUCUAUCGCUUCAGUCAAGGGUUACAGAAGGUUAAAUUAAGUCAGCUACCGAAACUCAGAGCUCUAUAAAGGUUAGUGGUUACUGCUGUUGUCCCCCCGGCGUAGUAGCCGUGUUUUGUUUCCGACUGUUUUCCCUCCUCUUUAACCAGUGGGUGGGUAUAGAUGGGGUCUAUUGUCACCGAAUGAUGGCGGCUUCAACCCGGGAUCAUGGCUGUUUUGACGGAGUGGCGUUACAUCAGCGGUCUUCGUCUCCUCGGAGGAUGGGGCCCGCUGUUGUGCGUGACUGUCGGCUCCUUGGUGGCCCUCCUGUUGCCCCUGGUCGGAGUGGAGAACCAGCGCUGUGCCUACAUGAAGGGCGUCGCUCAUCUCCGCUGCCAGCUGUGGGGGAGCUCGCAGCCGCCCCCAGCUGCGCAGUCCACCAGCCUGACUGUCCCCUUCACCGCCCUGGAUGUGCUGCCUCAGAAGUCCAAACCCAGCAAAGAAAUGGUGCUGGAGGCCAAAGCGGCGCUGCUGCAGGCUGUGGAGAUGAAGAAGCUUGGGAAGAGGGAGAAGGCUCACAAGCUGCUGGUCCAUGCUCUAAGUAUGAACCCAGAGUCUGUAGAUGCUCUGACUGAGCUGGGGACCAUUCUAGAGGAAGAGAAGGAUGUCGUCCAGGCAGAUCAUCUCUACACAAAGGCCUUGACCAUCUCGCCAUGUAAUGAGCGAGCUCUGAUCAGCCGAGACCGAACUCUUCCCCUGGUGGAGGAGAUUGAUCAGCGUUACUUCAGCUUAAUCGACAGUAAAGUGCGCAGACUUAUGUCCAUUCCUAAAGGGAACUCUGCACUCCGUCGAGUGAUGGAGGAAACCUAUUACCACCACAUUUACCAUACUGUGGCCAUAGAGGGCAGCACCCUUACUCUGUCUGAGAUUCGUCACAUCAUUGAGACGCGUUAUGCCGUUCCUGGAAAGAGCCUCCAGGAGCAGAACGAGGCCAUCGGUGUGGACGCAGCCAUGAAGUACAUCAACACCACUCUGCUGUCCAGAUCAGGAGCCAUCACUGUCAGCGACAUUUUGGAGAUUCACCGAAGGGUGCUUGGCUACGUGGACCCUGUGGAGGGCGGACGGUUUCGUACCAGUCAGGUAUUUGUGGGCCACCACAUCCCACCCCACCCUAAAGACCUGCAGAGGCACAUGCAGGAGCUGGUUCAGUGGCUGAACUCGGAGGAAACCCUGCAGCUGCACCCUGUGGAGUACGCAGCUCUCGCCCAUUACAAACUAGUGUAUGUGCACCCGUUCGUCGAUGGGAACGGGCGCACGUCGCGGCUGCUUAUGAACCUUGUGCUCAUGCAAGCCAGCUACCCGCCGAUCACCAUUCGCAAAGAGCAAAGGGCGGAGUAUUACUCCGCUCUAGACACAGCCAACGAGGGGGACGUUCGACCCUUCAUUCGCUUUAUAGCCAAAUGUACAGAAAUAACUUUAGACACGUUGUUGAUCUCUACCACAGAACAUGCUGUGGGCCUGCCUGGAGCCGACCAGGAUCAGGCCUGCACCAGCUGCAAACAGACCAUCCCAGUCCACAACUAAACCCGGAAGAGGAAACAUGGAGCAAGCAUUGUUAAAUCAAUUUAAUGUCAAAGCUUUUAUUGACAGAUCUACCAUAAAUGUUGGUUUUGACCAAACCUAAGAGGAUAUAACUGCUGCAAAAGGAGGGACUGAAAUCAGAUUUUAUUCAGGUUAUUCCCCAUAUAAUUAUUUACCUCCAUCAUAAAAAAUAUUAUUCUCAAAGGAAAUGUUGAAUGAAUUUCCACUAGAUGCAAUCUGAAUUUGACUACUGCUGAUGUGAGAAACUGUUUCUGCUCAAGGAUCCCUUUUGCCAUGGAGUCGUCUUCAGGAUAAUUUUGUCUGGCACUGCAAAGCACUUUGAUGUAUUUAUUUGAAAAUAAAUAAGGUUUAUUAACUUUGA